CUUAUUCUGAAGGUCGCGAGCUCCGGCUUCACAGAGCAACAAUCAGCUGAGCGCUCACAGCUGAGCUCCGGUGUCGGGAUCUUUGCUGUGACCUCCUCUCACACUAACACGACCUGUGGACUUCAUAUUUAGAGGCAGUGAAGUCACCCUGAAAGUCAAACCAGUCCAAAGUUGCAGACGAAACACCGACAUGGCCCCGACACUGUACGAUGAGAAACCAGAGCUCGGGGACCUGAUUGAGAUCUUCCGGGGCUCCUAUCAGCACUGGGCUGUGUAUGUUGGUGAUGGCUUCAUUGUCCACUUGGCACCACCCUCUGAGGUCCCGGGCGCAGGCGCCAACAGUAUGAUGUCUGUCCUGACUGAGAAGGCCAUGGUAAAGAAAGAGGAGCUGUGGGAUGUGGUGGGAACCAACCAGUGGAAAAUCAACAAUGGCCUGGACAAGGAGUACAGGCCCCGCCCUGCUCACGUCAUUGUGAGGGAAGCCUGUGCGCUGGUGGGCAGUGAGCUGCCAUACUGCGUCUUCAGGGGGAAUUGUGAGCACUUUGCAAACGAGCUGCGCUACGGAAAAGCAGAGUCACGGCAGGUGCGUAAAGCAGGAGAAACUGUCAUGGUGGCGGGCGUGGCUGCAGUGGUGGGUCUGGGUAUCGUGGCUCUGGCAGGAGCUCUGUUUGGAGGCAGCAAGAAAGAAAACAAGAACACGCAGUGAUGGACGUCCCGUCUCGCCUGUUACAGGGGCUUGAUGAACAGAUCACCAGCAAAGCUAAACUGAUACUUAAUACGAUCACUCACAGAAAACUCCUUAAUUCACAUCUGAGAUUUAGCCAGAAAUUUGAUUUGUGUCUCGCCUUCUCGACUUUACCUCCAUGUGUCCUUCAUGCCGUCUUUGGUUUGAAUAACAAUGUGAAGCUGGUUGGUUCGGGAUCAAGGCCCUGUUGUUUUCAAAUUUUUUAAAAUUUGUACUGACAGAAAACACAUAAGCACAACAAACAGUGUUUCCACUAAUGAAGCUGCCAAGAUGAAAUGUGUUUAAACUUUUUAAUAAGAUUUGAUGACAUGUAGAUAAUUUUUUGGACUGUGAGGGGUGUGACAGGUCGGGGGGUCUUUUCUAUUGAUAAAUUGCCUUGCUGCUAAUUGGUUUUCUAAAAAAAAAAUUAGCUAGACAAGGAGAAUAUAUUACAUUAAAUUAAAAUUAAUUAAAAAUUUAAAAAUUAAAAUUAAAAUAAGCUAAUAUGAUGACUUAGUGGUUGCACCUAACAGUAAAGCUCUGUAAAGUCUAAUGCACUACAGCCUGCUGUUUAUAGUUUAUAGUGUGGAUCAUGAAGACUGAACUUAUUCAACACUUUGUCUUCCUCUGACAUUUAACUGUUUGUAAUUAUUUUGAAUAAAGAAUAAUUUGUGUGA